UCUCUUUAGUAUUCUGUUAAACUCGUACGAGGAACACUAGAAAAGUCUCAUAUUAUUUAUAUACUCAUACGGUUUUUUUUCCUAAAAAGUUUUUAACGUGUGAGAAAAAGAUACAAUAAAACAGACAUAGGCGUCAUAUUGCAAAAGUAUUCGAAAGUAACUCGUCGAACAAUGGGCUACGAUAAUUACGGUGGCACCGAAAUUGCCGAACAGCAGGGUCAAGACAUCUACGCCGGCGGCGUCAAUGGCAACAGCGACUUGGGGCACAAUGAACAAAUUUCUGCCACUGCCACCGCUGCUGCCAGUGCUGCCGCUAUGGCUGCUGCUGCUGCCGCUGCCGCCGCUACUCUUGCCAGUGCAGACUUUCAGCCGUCUCUGAAUCGUCUGCUUAGCUCGAUUGACUAUGAUUUGUGCUUCAAGCAUCCACUGGAGCACACAUGGACCUUGUGGCACUGGCAGAACGAUCGUGCCAAGGCCUGGUCCGAAAUGCUUAGCGAUGUUACUAGUUUUAACACUGUCGAAGACUUCUUCAGUGUCUAUUACUUCAUAAAGCCGCCAUCUGAUCUAAAGAUAUUCAAUGAUUAUAUGGUCUUCAAGCACGGAAUUCGUCCUAUGUGGGAGGACGACAGCAACAAGGAAGGUGGACGCUGGGUAAUGUUUCUGGAGAGGGACUCAAAAGAGCUGGUCGACAAGUUGUGGCACGACUUGCUCUUGUGCACCAUUGGCGAGUGUUUCGAGUACUCGGAACAGAUCUGUGGCGCUGUCAUCAAUGUGCGCAAUAAGGGCAGCAAAAUUUCUCUAUGGACCAAGGACGCUCGCAAUGAACAGGCGAUUCAGGCAAUUGGCCAGAAAAUGAAGCAACUGCUGCAGCUGAAUGAAGUUGAGCUGCAAUAUCAGAUCCAUAGGGAUGCCAUGGUGCAGGCCGGACCCAAUGUAAAUGCCAUCUAUAAAAUGUAAAUCAGUGUUGCAAGGGAAAGAACAUAGUAGUAGGGUAGGAACCCAUUGAAGCCUUAAUAUUCCCAGUGCCUGCUUAUAAUAGUGACGGGCGUAAGACAAUCGUUCUUCAUCCAAUUUAACUUGGGGUAGAACUCGAAUAUUUUGUACACAAAAAACGUGAAACUCGAAACAUAUAACCGUAACCGUAACCGUAACCCAAAUAAAGC